AUGGACCUUACACCUCCUUUGACCAGAUCGCCCGCCUCCCCUCCAAACUCCUACUGUCCUUCCGAGGGAUCGUCCCUGGACUACCCUUCUCCUGGCCUCACCACGCAACAUUACAGGCUUUCAUCGCUGUACAGUCGGGACCUGUCCUGCGGCAUGGCACCGCCCAUGGACUCGGAGCAUGCACUACCUCCACUGGAUGCCCUGGGUCAGGCCGAAUGGAGUCAGUCUGCGCUCUUGCAGCCCGCGUCAACAUCGACCGCGAUACCUAGCAUGGUUUCGGCGGAAUACGACGCCUUUGGAGGUUAUCAGCAGCACCUACCUCAUCACUACGGUGCCGAUGUCUAUGUAGCACACGCGGCACAGGAGCCUGCCCUGUCCGCGACGCCCCCCAACAGACACUCGCUUUCAAGAUCUCCCAUACCCCCCAUCUCGAGGCCGCAAUUCGCACCCGACAUUCCGUCCUCCGGCCUGGGUGCGCCUCGGGUGAAACUGGAGCAGCAUCCCGACUACUCACUCACUGACAUGUCCCAGUAUGCCGCGCCUCGAGCACUGCCCAGCCAUUACAACACAGACCCUGACGCCUACAUCUCGGCCUCAGGGGGGUAUAUUGCAGAGAACCAGAUGUCCGCGUGGGGGAAGCCAGAGUAUAUUCCUGUCGACGCGGAUCCCUACUACGGCGGAGCGUCCGGCCAUCCGGACGCCGCGAUGCAGGAUCGCUCCGCCAAGGGAGGUGCCCGCCCUCGGCGGACGCCGCGACGGCUGACCACCAAAGAGGAGGCCAACUUCCAGUGCGAGGUCAAGGGCUGCGGGAAACUGUUCAGUAGAAGCUACAACUUCAAGGCCCACAUGGAGACUCACGACGAGAAGCGCGAGUAUCCUUUCCCUUGCCAAGUGCACGGGUGCAGCAAGAAGUUUGUGCGCAAGACCGACUUGCAAAGGCACCAUCAGAGCGUGCAUAUGAAGGAGCGAAACCACAAGUGCGACUACUGCGGGCGCCUGUUCGCUCGCAAGGACACUCUGAGGAGGUAA